AUGCUGUACGGACAGAUGUAUGGACACAUGGCCCACAGCAGGGAUGACUGCUAUAUUAACGUCAAUGUUGGAGGGUUCAAACAGAGGAUGGACCCCCACAUGUUGAAAAAGUUCCCGCAGACGCGCCUGGGACGUCUCCUGUGCUGCAGCUCACAGGAGGCCAUCCUGGAACUGUGUGAUGACUUCAGCCCCUCAGAUAUGGAGUACUACUUUGAUAGAAAUCCUCUGUUUUUCUGUUAUGUGUUAAACUUUUAUGUGACAGGGAAGAUCCACCUGGUGGACGGUCUGUGUGUGGUGUCCUUUGUUCAGGAGAUCGAGUACUGGGGCAUAAAGGAGCGUCACCUGGACUGUUGCUGCAGUGAUAAGUUCCUGGAGCUGCUGGAGGCGGUGGAGGACAAAGGCUGGGACAGUGAGGAGCAGAGUGUGGGUGGCUCAGGCUCCUCUGUGCAGCUCUCUGUCUCCGAGGACAAUAUGAACUUGUAUGAGGGCUCCUGGUGUGGGGACACGCGUAGAAACAUCUGGAUUCAUCUAGAGGACCCUGGACACAAUACUUUAGCCAAAUCACUGGCUGUGGCCUCUCUGAGUGCAGUGCUCCUGUCCAUAAUAGCCAUGUGUGUGCACAGCAUGCCUGACUUCCAUGAGUUAGAUGAAAAUGAACGAGAGAUUGAAAACCCAGUGCUUACUGUCAUUGAAAACAUCUGUGUUCUGUUCUUCUCUGCUGAGUUUGUUCUUCGUUUGGCUGUCGCUCCUUCGGCCAAACUGUUUCUGUGCAGCCCUCUUAAUAUGAUUGACCUAUUGUCAGUCUUGCCAUUCUAUGUCACCAUAGUGUUUGACAUGAUGGACGAAGGGGAGAGUGCAGAGCUGGAGAACCUUGGCAAAGUAGUUCAGAUCCUGAGAUUGAUGCGUGUGUUUCGUAUUCUGAAACUGGCCCGCCACUCAGCAGGCCUUCGCUCUCUUGGCGCCACGCUCAGACACAGCUCCCGGGAGGUGGGUCUGCUGGUGCUCUUCCUGUCUGUGGGCAUCUCCAUGUUCUCUGCUCUGGUGUAUUUUGUGGAGAAGGAGACGGAGGAGUCCACUCUGCAGACCAUGCCUGUGGGCUGGUGGUGGGCCACCAUCAGCAUGACCACAGUGGGCUAUGGAGACACCUUCCCGGUCACAUUUCCAGGGAAAAUCAUAGGAACUCUUUGCAUCAUCUGUGGACUUCUGAUUGUGGCCCUUCCCAUUACUAACAUCUUUCAGAAGUUCUCCAAGUUUUAUGAAAAGCAAAAACAACUUGACCUUAUUCGACGACGCACUGUAAAAACAACUGAUUUCAGACCUUUACAAGAAUAA